UAGUAACACGCUUAACAAGGUAAAGAGAUAAUGAGACACACCUGGGGAAGACAAUCCAGGGGGAAAACUACAAACAGGAACAGGAAACAAGAAAUACAGUCCAUGGACAUACACAGAGAACAUAUGACAACCAUCUCUCCACCAGCGGAAUAGUAUUUUCCCAGCUGAUGAGUUUCGUCACCACUCAGAUUAUCUUCACAAUGUCAAAGCCAGGAGAUGAGGAGGUCUGUGAAAUAUCUCCUGUAUUAUUCCUGGAUGCCAAUGGACAUUCAAUGCGCUUUUACGUGAGACCUGGUCCGACUAAAAUGCAACUUUACCCUCUGAUAACUAACGGAGGAGGCAUUGUGUGUCGGAAUCAAGAGCCUGGUGCCAUUUUGCUGGUCGAUCCGGGCGACGUGACUAAUGCCAUGGCAAGCACUGGACAAAAGUAUAUCUCUACGAAAUUCAUUGGAGAUUGUGCAGAGCAGAACCUACAGUUGAAUCUGAAUGACUAUGUGAUUAGCGUCGGACCGUCUGUCCAGACGAGGAUGGCUACUCGUCAUCAGGGCAAUGGGCGGUUGGGUUACUCUCUUGAAGAUGACACAGCUAUUUUGAAGUUCAUGGAAAAGCGGCAACAUGACGCCAAAGGCAACCUGGUUUGGAAAGAAAUGGAGAAACGGCGUGUGACCGACCAUAGCUGGCAGUCCAUGAAGGAUCGGUUUCUAAAGCACCUUCAGCAUAAGCUCACGGAGAAAAGCCCGAAAAAAAGUCCCACCACAGCCUCUAGAAGAAAAGCUCUUUCCUUUACUCAAAGCCCUUUAUCUAAGAAGAAAGUGACUCAGACCUCCUCAGAACCUGAGACUGAUACCUUAAGAAAGUCACCUCGCAAGUCCAUCGUUGUGUCAGAUUCAUCUGAAACACAAAUCGCCACAGAAAGCAGUUUGUGUCCGGCUGUUAGGACCAACCCUCCACCUUCUCCUGAGAGAGCCAGUUCUCCUCCAGAUGGGCCAGAGGCGGCAGGUGAGCCUUCACAAGCCUCAAGCCAUGACAGUCAGGACGAGUCCUGUGUCCCGGUCCAAGAACAAGAAACUCCAGGGCCUGAAAUGUCCAAAAGACCUAGAUUAGAUGAAGAUUGUGAGGGGCGAGACAUUCCAGAUGGAUCAAGUGAACAUCCAUCUCUCAGCAAAACAAAACAAACAACCUGCAAAACCUCCACAGCUGAUUCUAAGAAACUUGGGAUACUUGCAAAAGCUGCAAGGGAAUUUGAGGACUCAGAUGUGAUGGAUGAAAGUGAAGAAGGCGAAGAUCCAUGUGAAGCACAGACCGUCGAGCCCUCAGACACACAUGAAAGUUCAGCAUCAUCACCUGCAACAUUUGCCAGGGAACCAGAAAGCCAAGCUGAACCAGAAAGCCAGAAACACCAUGAAGAAGCUGAACAGGAUUCAUCAGCACCUGAGGAAGAGCGUCCAGAACCCAGUUCCACAGCUUCCAAUGCCCACGUAUUCAUGUUUGACUCCGAGUCACGGGAACAAAACCACAGCCAGACGAGAGGAACUCCAGAGGAAACGCUCUCCAGGGUCUUGGUAGACGUCAAGGAGCAUGUCAAGACCUUAAUGAGAGAGACUAAGAAAGACCUGGUUGAGGUGACCAAGGCGCUGUUGAAAGCCAGUGGUGACCUUAUAAGUGCUCGGGUGUAUCUGCUAGAUGGGUACGAGCAUGAGAUUCACGGGCCUCUCUGGAAUCAUCUGGAUGAUGAGAUCCUCUUGUUGGCUGAUCCAUAUGAACUUGAGCAGCUCCAGUCGAAAUUCGGAGAGGAGGAAGUGACCAGGAGAAGAGCCUUCCUCACAGCUGGAAAAAACUGAGAGCAUUUGGUUUAACGGAUGUUCUGUGAAACCCAGCAGCUCAACUAGACAGAACUAGUUACAAUAAUACCGUUAUCACUCAGUUUUGUAUUCUCUGUUCAACCUUCUCAGUUUGAUACAAUUUCAUUUGUAUGUUGAGAACUUGAAAUAAGAAUUUUGCUAAUAAUUACUUUGUUAAAUAUAUAAAUUAAAGUAUUUUUCUAA